AUGUCCUCGCGGACAUAGACAGUGUCGUUUGGAAGUUAUUCUUGAUCUCUGCAUAGCAGCAACAAGGAUUUAGAGUGGUUUUACAUGGGCGACUACUCCAGCCUCCAGUAUUCGGCUCACAAGAGAGUGGAUGGGUUCUUCCUUCACCCUCCGAGUCUCCACACUGCUUCUCUUACGAUCGCGCACGGAUGCACCGAAUUCCGUGCUCCAUCACAAAGCGCCUUCGCCCGCUCGGCGCACACCGUCUCUCAACUCACUUGCCACAGUCUGGACCAGAACAUGCGUCGAGGACUAUGCGCAAGACACAGCAAUAUGUUUAUUCAGGAUGGAAUUUGAGAACGCCCACCUCUGGUCCUUCCAGCAUGUGCUUGGAAUUGGUAACUUUCAUUGUACGUCUCGUACUUGGCCCUGCCGACCAUUAACUUGGCAUCCACCGUACGCACAGCGCAUCCGUCUGAAUCUGAUGUCCUAGCAGCACGUUUAAUCAUUCCUCAUAUGCCCGUUGCCCAUUACACUAUGAUCUCGAAACUAAGUCGCAAGACCCUAUUACAUACAAUAUAAGUUUACACAUAAUCCAGUCUAUUGUCUAUCAGUGAUCCAAGAUGCGAGUUGAGAUGAAUAAUUUUGUUAUCAAGUAUGUG